AUGGAGGUGCCUCUCACGGCUCUUGGAGCUGUGCGCACCACUCAUUCUGUGGACCUGCUGAUUGGCUACGAAGAAAUUCGAUUUUUAUUGACGAAUCUGAAGGCACCGUGGAAGAUUCGAGAGCAGCUGUGA